AUGUUUUCCCUCCGACGGCAAUCCACCUCGCUCGGUCGAUCCUUGGUCGCCGGGCGAACCUACGCCUCGAACGCACCGACUGCUCCUGGAAUCACCGGAGCUGCUCACACGCCCAAGCCCGGCUCUCCUAUCGCUUCGGACAACCCUACCGAGGCCGACCCCCAGAACCUCUACCAAGCUCCUAACCACCCUUCGACCUGGAGCACGAGCCAAAACCCGAAGAAGCACGCCUUUUCCGGACCCCGCUUCGAGCAGGUCAACUUCUCCUUGCAACCCCAACCCAUCUCUGCCAUGGCCAUGGUAGCUGAGGACCCCGUUCGUCUCGUACCUGGCCGAAAAGCGACCUGUGAUGGUGGUGGUGGUGCUCUAGGCCACCCCAAGAUCUUUAUCAACCUCGACAAGCCAGGCCCCAAGGCAUGUGGAUACUGCGGUGUUCGGUUCGAGCAGGCCCACGAACACCAUUGA